AUGGUCGAGAAGCUCUACGUCACAUACAACGAUGUGCACAAGAUGUGCCAGAAGUCCGCUGAGAAGCUUCUCGCCGACUUCCAGCCCCAGCUCCUGAUCGCCAUCGGCGGUGGUGGCUACGUCCCUGCUCGAAUCCUCCGAUCUUUCCUCAAGAAGGGCGGCGCUCCCAACAUCCCCAUCCAAGCUAUCGGUCUCUCCCUCUACGAGUCUCUUGGCAACGAUGAAGUCGAGGCCCCUGGUACCAAGGUCACCCGAACACAGUGGCUCGACCUGACCGCUCUCGGCGAGAUGGAAAACCUCGUCGGAAAGCGAAUCCUCAUCGUCGACGAGGUUGACGACACUCGAACAACCCUUGAGUACGCCGUCAAGGAGCUCGAGAAGGAUGUUGAGACUGCCCGCCAGCGCAUGGGCGACGGUGCCCCCGCUCCUAAGACUGAGUUCAGCAUCUUUGUCCUCCACAACAAGGACAAGCCCAAGAAGGGCACGCUCCCCCACGACAUGCUCAGCACCCGUUACUCUGCUGCUGAGACCGUCAAGGACGUUUGGAUCAACUACCCCUGGGAGGCUAUGGACAUCGACGAGCACGACAGGAACGCCAGCCUGCAGACCAAGAGCAACUAA